CGCAAUCGCGCUCCCGCAUUUCGUCGAGCAGGUGUGAAUUUGUGAUGCCGCCGUCUCCUAUCGUCCUCCCUGCCACCGCGCUGCCGGCGGCCCGCCUCGCCAGAGUGGUGGCCGCCUCCGAAAGCGGAGGCGCGACUCCUCCGAGGGCGUCCCCUCGGCGGGGGCGGCGCGGCAAGCCCGGGUUCUCUCGGCGUUCGGCAAUCAAGAAGAGCUUCCACCAGGAGCAGGUCGUGUUCUCCACUCCCGUCUCCACCGACCCCACCGUUGCCGUCAUCGGAGGCGGCGCUUCCGGCCUCUCCUGCGCAACUUCCCUCGCCGCCCGCGGCGUCCGCUCCGUCGUCUUCGAUACGGGGAUGCAUGGCCUAGGGGGAAGGAUGGCGACUAGGUUCGUCGACGGAGGCAAGCAGCUGGUGUUCGACCACGCGGCACAGUUCUUCACCGCGAGCGACGAGAGGUUCCAGAGGCUAGUCAACGAGUGGCUCGACAGAGGGCUGGUCCGUGAGUGGAGCGGUUUGAUCGGCGAGCUCGAAGCCGGCGGCUGUUUCAGGCCCAUACCUUCGUUGACACCGAGGUACAUCGGUGUGAAUGGGAUGCGCCCACUUGCAGAUGCAAUGCUGCCUGAGACUGAUAUGAUUAAAGUUUUGAGGCCUUGUUGGAUAAGCAAACUUGAGCCGUUCAAUGGUUUGUGGCGCUUGUUUGAGAAUGAAAAGCCUCGCGGUGAAUACGAUGCAGUUGUGAUAGCUCAUAAUGGGAAAUGUGCCAACCGUCUGCUCUCUACAUCAGGAUUGCCAUUACUAACAAAACAAAUGAAGGUUCCAUGGUUUUACUAUUGCAAUAAUUUUUUAACUCAUGAGGCAUAUAUCCUUCUAUUCCUAUUGCUUACCAAGUUUCCCGCGGUCAAUGAUCAGAGACUAGAGCUCAGUUCUGUCUGGGCUCUCCUUGCAGCAUUUGAAGAUCCUCUUCCGAUUCCACUUCUUGAUUCCAAUGCAGCAUUUGAAGGAGCAUUUGUGAGAGAUGUGGAUUCUCUCUCUUGGAUGGGCAACAAUACCCGCAAACUUUUUCCAAUGCAGACAGGCGCACCCGAGUGCUGGACAUUUUUCAGUACUGCUGCUUAUGGAAAAAGAAACAAAGUUCCACAGGAAAAUAUCCCAAAACUCACUGCAGAAAAGGUGAAGGAAGACAUGCUUGGAGGAGUAGAACAUGCUUUAGGGUUAUCCGAAGGAUCUCUUCAGCAACCAAUUUACACAAGAGUGCAGUUAUGGGGUGCAGCUCUGCCCAUGAACACUCCAGGAGUACCAUGCAUAUUUGAUCCCCUAGGGCGAGCAGGCAUCUGCGGCGACUGGCUUACUGGCUCAAGCAUAGAAGCAGCUGUUUUAAGCGGGAUGUCGCUCGCAAACCAUAUAGCUGACUACUUCGUGAGCACCCAAGAUCGGCCUGAAGAGUUUGCGAUUGGUGUGCACGACGACCUAAAUGCAGUUGAAGGGCAUGAUAUCGGUCAGUUUCCUGGGUUAGACACUCAGACACCACAAGUAGCCGAAGCUCAGCUAACACCGAGCAUAUGAUUUAUUUUGUACUGAUCGUUAGUUUGUAAGAUGAGCUGAUUUUGUUCUCUCUCCUUUUUUUGGUUGGAAAACAUGCAAAAUGUACAUACAUGUAUCGUCGAUGUAGAAUAUUUCUCAGAAUCUGAUGUUGUUGUGCUU